GUUAUGAUUGCAGCUCGUGUUCCAGCGGUUCCUUAAUGCUUUGCGGCGGUAUCUGUGGCCGGACGUCCCUUUCUGAGGGUACCGCAGAGAUUGUACAUGCAGAAGAUGCGCGCUGACUUGGCAGUUCGGUUCUGCUUUCCUACCGUGCUCCAUACAGCACGCUUGGAUCCGCCUUGCUGCCCCCAUAGCGCUGCUUUACACGUAUCUCUCAGGGCUCCAGGCUGAGAGCAAUGGAGAGUUCUUGGUAAGACAUGUCGUGGAUCAGAGAAGGCGAGCUGACCAUCAUUGAGAGGUUUUGUGCCAACAUAAUUAAGGCAGGCCCAAUGCCCAAGCAUGUUGCCUUCAUCAUGGAUGGCAAUCGCCGUUAUGCCCAGAAGUGUCAUGUGGAGAGACAGCAAGGACAUCUGCAGGGCUUUGAUAAGCUGGCACAGACACUGCGAUGGUGUUUAAAUCUGGGUAUUCGGGAGGUCACUGUUUAUGCCUUUAGUAUUGAGAACUUUAAACGAUCCAAGGAGGAGGUGGAUGGACUAAUGGAUCUGGCAAGGCAGAAAUUUAGCCGCCUUUUGGAAGAACAGGAGAACCUGAAGAAGCAUGGUGUGUGUAUCCGUGUCCUAGGGGACUUGCCACUUCUACCCUUGGAUGUUCAGGAACUGAUUGCCCAAGCUGUGAUGGCAACCAGGAACUACAACAAGUGCUUUCUGAAUGUCUGCUUUGCAUACACAUCAAGACAUGAAAUCAGCAAUGCUGUCAGGGAGAUGGCCUGGGGGGUGGAGCAAGGACUGCUCGAACCCAGUGAUGUGUCUGAAUCAUUGCUUGACAAGUGUCUGUACACCAGUAACUCCCCUGACCCAGACCUCCUGAUUCGAACCUCUGGAGAGGUUCGGUUGAGUGAUUUUCUUCUCUGGCAGACAUCCCAUUCAUGCCUGGUGUUUCAGUCAGUGUUGUGGCCAGAGUAUUCCUUUUGGAACUUGUGUGAGGCUAUCCUUCGGUUCCAGAUGAACUAUAAUACAUUACAGAAGGCCAGAGACUCCUACAUGGAGGAAAGGAAGCAACAACAGAUGGAAAGGGAUCAGGCUUAUGUGACAAAGAAGCUGCAGCAGGAGGGUUUUGCAUCCCAUGGAGAUUCUCAGCGCCGACGGACACUGUUGCAAAAGUGCACUGCCAUGCGUGAAGAGAGAAUCCAGAGCUUUCUACAGGCACUAGAGCACAAGAGAGCGGACUUCUUUGAAAGAUUAUGUACAGUGUCUGCAUGAGACACAUGCUGGGUGGCCUACUUGGGAGGGCAAUUGUGUUAGAAUAGCUGCUGCCCAGAGGAAUUCACUUGGUGUGGUUCUGCUGUGGGGAUGCAGGGCUGCCAUAAGAUGUUGAAUCCCCACUGACCCUAUCAAAGGACAGGGACAGAGUACUGUGAACCUUUCUAGUUCUGUGAAUGUUGCUGAGGGAGGUAAUUAUGUCCUGCUAUAUUGCCACCCUGUCCCUGAUGGUAGACGGAGAAUACACACACCUCACUAUAUCUCCACUGCUUGAUGUUUUGGUGACAAGAAAUUAACUAAAACAAGCCUCCCAUUCUAUUGAGUUUCUAAUGAAUUAACCCAGGCAAACCAUUUCAUUCAUUUACUUUGUAGUAGUAAAUCUGGUGAGAUUUCCUCUGUGUUCCCAUCCAACUGCCUUUCUCAACAGAGAGGAUGCUUCCUGGUAUGUAAGAGAGCCCUAUGCAAAGCACUGGCAGAGAUAUUUCCCACUGCCUGCUUCGGGGCAUCAUCUUGUCUUUUCCCCCAUCUUACCAUGCAGGUUUUGAUAUAUUUGCUUUUGGUUUCCGAAGAGAUAAAGCAAGAUGUUGUCAGCCUUGCCAUAAAGGAAAAAAAAGAUAUGUCAGAACUUGAUCAAGUCCUACAAUCCUUUCCCAGCAGUGUGUGUGUGAGUGUAUGUGUGUGUGGGGGGGAGUACCCAAAUGUAGAAGGUGAUGUUGAAAUAGAGUGUGUUGAGGAAAAAGGGGUAAUGAUUUGAAGAGGCAAGGAAAAAGAAUUACUUGGGAAUUAAUGUCAUGGCUUACAAAGGAAAAGUUGGCUAAAGCCAGGUUAUAGGAAUAAUAUGCCAAAUUCCUCUGAAACCUCUUUAAAGCUAUGACUUCAGACAUCCAUUUCCAGGGAACAAAUGUAGAAAUACAGUAGCCAAAAUCAGCCUCUGACCCCAGACAAAAUGGUCUGAUUGCCAUAUAACUGACUUCAGUGGGAGUGGCCAGAGCAGCUGUGGAGUGCUGCUUCUCCAGUCUCUUUUAGCAGGGAGGUGGACUAGCUAGUUUCCAAGAUUGAUUCCAUCUCUAAUUUUUCCUGGUUUCUGUCCAUGCAUUGGAAAACAUAACAGGAAGUGUUGUUUCUGAUGCACAUACAGGUGCAGCACUAUCAGCUAUUGCUGUUUUCAAAGUAUUCUUUUUUUUUUUUUUACCUCCAGGUGAAAAUGAGAAAACACAAACUUAAAAGGACUUUUACGUACUGCAAACUCAGCAUUUUGAAUGUGAUUGUGAAGAGGAUAACUACAUUGUCAAUCAGUGAAUAAAGUAUAUUCAUACCAAAUUAUUUUAAAAACAA